AUGUCUGCCGAGAACCCAACCAUCCUGCCCGCCACCAACGGAGCUGGUGCCGCUGCCACUGCCGCUCCUGCCCGCACUAACGGCUCCGCCCCGAAGAGCGAUGCCAACCUCGGCACCUUUGGCGUCAAGUCCGGUCUCGCCCAGAUGCUCAAGGGCGGUGUCAUCAUGGACGUCGUCAACGCUGAGCAGGCCCGCAUCGCCGAGGACGCCGGUGCAUGCGCCGUCAUGGCGCUCGAAAAGAUCCCCGCCGACAUCCGUGUUGAGGGUGGCGUCGCCCGCAUGUCGGACCCUGCCAUGAUCAAGGAGAUCCAGGAGACCACCACUGUCCCCUGCAUGGCCAAGGUGCGCAUUGGCCACAUUGUCGAGGCCCAGAUCCUGCAGGCCAUCGGCGUCGACUACAUCGACGAGUCCGAGGUGCUCACCCCCGCAGACGACCAGCACCACAUCAACAAGCACAACUUCAAGGUCCCCUUCGUCUGCGGUGCCAAGAACCUCGGUGAGGCGCUCCGUCGUAUCUCGGAGGGUGCUGCCAUGAUCCGAACCAAGGGUGAGGCCGGUACCGGCAACGUUGUCGAGGCGGUUCGUCACCAGCGCACCAUCCAAGGCGAGAUCAAGCGCGUCUCUUCGAUGAGCGACGAGGAGCUCUACGCCUACGCAAAAGACAUCCAGGCUCCCUUCCACCUGCUCAAGGAGACCGCCCGCUUGAAGCGUCUGCCUGUCGUCAACUUUGCCGCCGGUGGUAUCGCCACGCCCGCCGACGCUGCCCUCAUGAUGCAGCUUGGCAGUGACGGUGUCUUUGUCGGCUCGGGUAUUUUCAAGGGCACCAACCCCGCUCAGCGUGCGCGAGCCAUUGUCGAGGCUGUUACCCACUACAACGACCCCGCCAAGCUCGCCGCUGUCUCGGAGAACCUUGGCGAGGCCAUGGUCGGUCUCAACAUUACCAAGGACAUCAAGGGUGGCCGUCUUGCUGACCGCGGCUGGUAA